CAUCACUGUGCAUUCUGAAAUAAAUCAACAACUCCUACACUUUCAUUUUUAAACUGUUCUCCAGUUUAAGCAUCAAAAUGGGAUUUUCUAUCCACUGCGGUUGGCUUGCUGCACUUUCAUGUACUCUUUGGAUGGGAAUUGGGGUACGAUGUGAUUGCACAGAGGAGAAUUUGCAUAUUCAAAGAGGGAAUUACACACUAAGCGAUAACCUGGAGACUGGCAGCAUUUUGGUCUACCACUGUCCCGAGGACUACUAUCCAUACCCUGAAAGGACUCGUUUGUGUCAACAUGAUGGCAGCUGGAGACCACGACCCAGAAAAUUUCGACCUCAGAAAUGCAGGCUGGUUGAAUGCCCAGACCCCAAUGUGCUGGAGUACGGAAAUGUCUCGCCCCCUCAGGAAAGGUACUUUGUGGACAAUGAGACCACAUAUGAGUGCUACUCUGGUUACAAAAUGCGAGGCUCAGCCAGACGUGUGUGCUUAAAAAAUGGGAAGUGGAGCGGCUCGACCCCAAUCUGCAGCCAUGACUCUGGGGAUCAUUGUGCUGAUCCUGGUAUCCCACCUGGUGCCUCAAGAGAUGGAAACAUAUUUGGAAUUGAUGACACAGUGAGAUACAUCUGCAAUAGCAACCUGUUUUUGGUGGGCUCCAAAGAAAGAGUGUGCCAGGAGAACGGCCAGUGGACUGGUGAAGAGCCUCAGUGCUACUACAAACACACCUUUGACACGCCGCUGGAGAUUUCAAAGGCAUUUGGCAGUUCAAUUAAAGAGACCCUAACCACUUUAGAGUCCACUGAUGACAUACAGGGGGAGAGAAGAAUCAGGAUUUCAAAAAAUGGGACACUAAACAUUUACAUUGGUGUGGAUAUUUCUGGGAGCAUCAAGGAGACAGAUGUCAAUAAAUCCAGAGAUGCUAUCGUAAAACUUAUUACAAAGAUUUCAUCCUUUAGCGUGACUCCAAACUAUGAAAUCAUCUUCUUCUCCUCUGAGCUCUAUGAAAUUGUCAACAUCAUUGACUUUUUGGAUGAAAAACCACCAGAUGUCAAAUCUAAAUUAGAAGAAUUUGUAGUUGGUGACAGAAACACUGGAACAAAUCUGAACAUUGUCUUCGAGAAGUUCUGGGAGAAAAUGUCUUUCAUAAAGCAACAAACUGGAGUGGAGGGUUUUAAGGAGCAUCGUCAUGCCAUCAUUGUUUUUACAGAUGGUGGAUUUAACAUGGGCGGUUCACCAGCACCCACUGUGGCAAAAAUUAAAAACAUGGUGUACAUGAACGAGGUUGGAGCCAGAGAAGACUAUCUUGACAUUUAUAUCUUUGGCAUUGGGGAUGAAAUCUUUGAUCAUGAACUAAUGCCCCUCACGGCAGGAACUGGAGAGCACCAUUAUUUCAGAUUGAAGGACUUAGAAAAUCUACAAGAGACUUUUGAUGAAAUGAUCGAUGAAGCUGAGGUCGAAGGUCUCUGUGGACUUCACAAAGAGUAUCAGGAACCCAGCGAUGCCCUCAUGAGGAAAAUGCACCCAUGGAUGGCGCUGGUUCAUGCCAAGGUUAAAGGCUACCCAGAGAAAUGCAUGGGUUCUCUUGUGGCCCCUGAGUUUGUCUUGACUGCUGCUCACUGUGUAUAUGGAUUGUUACCUGCGGAAGUGACCAUUGAAAUUAAUGACGGGCGAGGCAAAAUUAAAAAAGCAAAAGCUCUAAUUCUUCACCCAAACUACAAUGUUACUGCUAAAAAUCACAUAGGCAUUACAGAGUUUUAUGACUAUGAUGUGGCUCUCAUUGAACUGGAGGAAUAUGUUCAAAUCUCCACUGAUGUGAGACCCAUUUGCAUACCUUGCACCUUGCAGACCAGUGCUGCUCUACAUUUGGUGGAUCAAACAUGCGAGUCACAAGAGAAACUUCUGUUAAAGAAUCAUCUUGAACGACUCAAUUUCCUGAGAAACAAGGGGAGGACUCUGAAAGACAUAAAAGAUGUUCAUGCCAAGCUUGGAGAUAAUAGAUACGAAUGCAUCAGACAAGCAGUAGGUGUAGGUGGCAUAACACAGGAAACACUGAUGGAAGCUGUGACAGAUAACUUCAUAUGCACCGGUGGUCAGGAACCUUUCAGAGAUCACAUUUCGUGUCCGGGUGACUCUGGAGGUGCUGUGUUUAAAAACUUUCAACAUCGCACAAUACAGGUUGCAUUGGUCAGCUGGGGAACCGAAAAGGUGUGCCACAGUCAUCCUGCAACAUCGACAUGGACAUCCAGAGAUUUCCACAUUAAUCUUUUCAGAGUUGUCCCUUUUCUCAAAUCUGUACUUGCAAAGAAAGACCAGGACUAUGCACCACUUGAGUUUCUGGAAAAUUAAAUACUCCAAUACUGUUUUGGAUUUUCUCUUGACGCCUGUUUUCAAAAUGCACACAUCAGUGAUGUGAGCAGUGCCAUUUAUGCUUUAACUCGUCCGCACAUAGAAUUAUUCAGAAUUCAGCAUUUUCUGAAAUAAAAGCAACAAAUCAACUUCAA